UCUCAAAGAAGAAGAAGAAGUUUUUCUGAUCUGAAGAUUUUACGGAAAUUUUCGUAUUGCAAUAAACAAUAUUUAUUUAUUUCAAGUUUUCUUCACAAAAUCAUGCAAAUAUAUUAAAUUUUCCUUUUUUGGAAAAUAAAAAGUGUACAUUGAGAAAUAUAGAAUAAAAUUAAUUAAAACCAGUAAAAACAUGGACAACUAUGGCAAUGAAAUUGGACAAAAAAUGAGGAGUGCCGUCAAGGCAAAGUUGGUAGAAUUGGGUACUGGAGGCUCUGCCGGUUACAUUGAUGAUGAGUUGCCAGAUUAUGUGAUGAUUAUGGUGGCUAAUAAGAGGAGCAAGCAGCAGAUGAUAUCCGACCUAAAUUUAUUUUUAGGUAAUCAAACAGAACUGUUUGUAACCUGGUUGCAUGAGGUAUUGCAGAAACUGCAAGAAGUAACACUGCCAGCCGCCAGUGCCUCUUCUAAAAAACGUAAAUCAUCUAUAAAGGAAGACUCCUCCUCUGUGCCGAGCACAACAGCAGCUAAAAAAGAUAAAAAACAAGCCAAAAAAGAUAAAGUUUCAACGUCAAAAAAACCAAAAGAAAACACUUCCUCUACAACUCCCGAGAAAACCUCCACCAACAAAGUUGUCAGCUCAAUAACAGAUCUUGUUGCUGGCGAACUAUUGGAAAAAGCCAAACAAACGAUCAAUGCAACAGCAGAUGCCACACAAAAUAUUAAAAAAUCCAAACACAAACGAUCUUCAGAGGAAUUAAACAAUACCUCAGCUAACUCUUCCGAGACGCAAAAAGAAUUUGAUAUACCCACAAUCUCGGAAAUAUCGUCGACUACAGGUACAAGUACCAAUACAGAAACUACCAAAGAGACUGUGGUUGUAUCGGGAAAUAGAGAAAAGGAUUUAGCUGAAUUGGCAGAGAUACAAAAGAAAAUUUAUGCGGCCAAAAAACAACUCAAACAAAUUGGAGAAUUUGAUGAUGACGAUGAAGAUUUCUUAAAUUUGCGUGAUGAAGACAGCCGAGAGGAGUUUAAUGAGAACGGUGAUUUGGUUAGAAAGUCUUCAGUAACUCCGACUCAAUAUUUACAAAAGCACAAAGAAAAGAGUCCUAUAGUUUUCGAGGGAGAGAAAACUAAACAUCGUGGCAAUGACGAUGAGAAUGACGAUGAUGAAGAACUUGCUUCGAAACGUAAACGAUUUACUCCUCCCCCUCUUAAUUCAGCCGCUGCAAGUCUAAACUUUGAUUCAUCUUCCAAAGAUGAUGCUUCAGAAUAUCGCAAUGAAAAGCGGCCCGUACAUCAAAGAUUAGGUAUGAAAAAUACCUCAUCAUCAAGAGAUAAUGCUCGAUCUGCGCAGCCUUUGGCUCGGGAGAGAAGGCGAAAUUUGCAGGAAAAAGAGCUAUAUGUGCCAGCUUUUCGUCGCAAAGAAAUGGAAAGAGAGCGCGAAAGAGGUCAAGAGCGUAGUCGUGAAAGAGAAAGAAAUCAGCACUUAGUAGGAGAUCGAGGUCGUGAAAGGGAAAGGGAACGCGACCGUGACAGAGAUACUGAUAGGCCAAGGGAUGCUGAUCACAACUCCAACUUAACACGCGGUCGUCCUCGUGUACGACGAUCUUUUGAAGAACGCGACAAAAGACGUUCCACUUCGGAAAAUCAUAAUGAAGAACGCAAUUCAAGCCAAGUGGGCAAAAUAAGCACUACAACACCCUCCACCACUAAUCGAGCACGUAGCAGUAGCAAGGAGGAAGCAUCACCUGAUAUUAGUGGCACACGAAAACGCAUCGGUUCGCGAGUAAUUGUUGCACCCGCUAAGCAGGUGGAAAUGUCCGAUGAAGAAGAUCUCAACGAUAAACCGGUAAAUUCGGUAAUAAAAAUAAAACCGCGUCCACCCGUUUCACCUAGCAAGCAAGCUCCGAAAAAUUUGCUUUUAAGAGCUGUAGCCGAAGCUCAAAGAUCAACAAUACUCAAAAAGCCUUCUACUACUACAAAACCAAAAGUAGCUCUACGUCUAGGAGACAAAAUCAAUGCUCAACGCAAUACUAAACUCUAUACUAAAUCCUACAGGAAUCGUCUUAAAACAUCUACAGGUGUAGGGGCACUUUUUACACGAACUACCAAGAAUAUAAUCGUGGAAGUUAAUGGAAAUGCCGGAUCUGAAAAGGCAAAAUAUACAUCUACUGCUGUUUCGUAUCACAAUGUGGGAGAAGACGAUGAAUAUAUACCAGAAUCAGUAUCAGAUCGGGGUGAGUCUGACCAGGAUUAUGUGUAUGUGCCACAAGCAAUACAUCAACAACAGGGUAGUGAAGAUGAACUCAAUGACAAUAUGGGAGAUCAUACAAAUGAUGAGGAAGAAAAUCAAGAUAAUAUGCAAAAAACACAAUUUGUGGUGACUUUAAAUGAGGAUAAAGCUCUGCCAAAAUUGAAGCGUCACAAUUUAAAACGUUAUUCACGUUCUCUCUCACCACCUCCUCAAGUUUCUUCCUCAUCUAACAAUUCAAAAGACCGUGAAAAAUAUCCUGAACCAACAUCAACUUCAAAUACUUCUAACACGUCUCGUAAAUCCAAUAUUAGAGAGAGACUCUCCAUUAAAUCAUCAUCUUCAUCCAACGAACGCCGGUCCUCGUCCUCGAUGAGACAAGAAGCCAGCACAACACCGCCACCCAAACGUACUGAAUUAAUAGAAAUCUAUCGUAAACCUAAAGAAAUUAAAAAGAUUAUUAUUAAAAAUGACUCAGAAGAUGAUGAACAUCAUAGUCCCUCGAAAAAACAUUCAGCCGAAAAGGAACGUAAACUAAAGCGCCGUAGUAAUGAAUCACCGCCAUCAACACAAUCGUCUCAUGACAGAGAACGCAAAUCGGUCGAAAGUCGUUCAACAACACCACCCUUAAAAGACCAUUAUAAGGAACGUCACAAGGAAUCAUUGACACCCUCUAAACGCAAACAUGUACCCAUUAAAUUUGAUUUGAAAGAAGCCAAAGAUUCCAGAAAUCAAAGAGACAGUCCGGUUCCCAAUAAAAAGAGACGUUCUUCAAGUCAUGACAACUUUAGUAGAGAUCACAGUCGUGACCGAGAGAGGGAAAGAGAGAGAGAAAGAGACCGGGAUCGUGAUCGAGAAAGGCACUCAUCGCACGAGAGACGUGAAGAUAAACACAAAAUUUCCAUACGCAAUGCAGAGGCUAAAAAAUAUGAUAAUAUUCCAACAUCACUGAAUUCUGUACCAGUGGAAUCUUCUGGCUCAUUUCGCAAUAAUAAACCCAAGGAACGCUGCAAAUAUCAUCCAAAUUGUACAAAAUCUUUUUGUGAAUUUUAUCAUCCCACAUCUGCUUGUAAAUCUUUUCCGAAUUGUAAAUUUGCCGACAAAUGUCUAUACUCGCAUCCCAGAUGCAAAUAUGAUUUGGCUUGUGUUAAUUUAGAUUGCAAUUUCUCACACAGUGGACCCAGAAGCGCCAGUCUUUUAGAGCCCACAGCUCCGCCAAUUUCUUCAUCUGUAGUACCAGUUCAAAAUUACAAAUCAAUAUCAUCCACAGCGAUAACGGGCCCAGUAUCAUCGACAACUUGCAAAUUUUUCCCCAAUUGCACAAAAACCAGUUGCCCCUUUUAUCAUCCCAAGCCUUGUCGUUACGGUAAGAACUGUAUUAACAAGCUAGAAUGCAUGUUUUAUCAUCAUGAAAUACCCAGCAGCAGUAAGUUUAAAUGGAUUGCUUCGGCCAACUGAUACAGCUGCUCUCUAACACUGCUAAACUAAAUAUGUAGUUUAAAUUUCAAAGAGAUUUUCAUUUCUCUCCUAUUUUUUUUAAUAACCUUAACAGUAGAACUAUAUAUAGUUACACAAACAUACCUUAUUGAAAAGGUAAAAUCAAAAUGAUUUAUAUUAUAUUUAUUAAUUUAACUUAAACCAACCGUUUUUGCUCUAAAUAUUUAAAAGAAUAAACACUUAUAUAGAUUUUAGGCAACUAUUUUCUUCUUUCUAUUGUUUCUACUGGCAAGAAAUAUAUGAAACAAAAAUAAACAUUUUAAACAAUCGAAUAAUAAAGAAAACAAAACAACUUUUAAAAAUAUUA